UACCCCUUCAAAUAGAACGGAUAUAAAGGUAGGGUGGGCUUCAGUGAGAUCAUUCUUAUUUCUAUUUUACUUUUCUUACGGUGAGUGCUGUUUGAAGCGAUCAUCAAUCAUGUCAGGCCGAGGAAAGCAGGGAGGUAAAGUGAGGGCUAAGGCAAAGUCUCGCUCCUCGCGGGCUGGGCUGCAGUUCCCGGUAGGCCGUGUGCACCGCCUGCUCCGCAAAGGCAAUUACGCUGAGCGGGUGGGGGCCGGAGCCCCGGUCUAUAUGGCCGCGGUGCUGGAGUAUCUGACCGCUGAAAUUUUGGAGCUGGCUGGCAACGCGGCGCGGGAUAAUAAGAAAACCAGGAUCAUCCCCCGUCAUCUGCAGCUCGCCAUCCGUAACGACGAGGAGCUCAACAAGCUGUUGGGGAAAGUCACCAUCGCUCAAGGUGGUGUCCUGCCCAACAUCCAGGCCGUGCUGCUGCCUAAGAAAACUGAGAGCCACAAGGCCAAGAGCAAGUAAAACCCGAACAAGACUCUUUACUAAAAAAAAAAAAAAAUAAAAAAAAAAAAAAAACAAUCCAAAGGCUCUUUUCAGAGCCACCCACAAAAUCAAAAAAAGCUGUGUUAUCGCUGACUUUCUUUGCAGUAAACGAGAUGUUAAUAGAAAAUAGCCAUGUUU